GCUCUAACAUGUCAUUCUCCAAGCACUUGUCAACACGAGAUGGUUCUGUUAUCGCUGCGUAGUUCAUUAUUUUCAUAUAUUAAUCAGAGGCAUCAACGUGAAUAGUACUUGUAUUCCAAUUCUGUUGCGUUCUGAUAAGUCGCCUUCUGCACCAGUGUGUGUAAAGGCUAGACUUACGCGAGUACUCGUUUGUUACGGAACUGCUUGUCAUUAUUUUAUUAUUUUGUCAAAGUAUCUGUGAUUUAAUUAAAUAAAAAAAUAAAGAUGAAGGCCAUCCUCUUCGCUCUCGCUGGACUCCUGGCUGUAUGCCUUCCUGCUUCUGCCACACAAUGCCACGUGAACCCGGUAACGAUUCCCAAGGAAUGGGUGACGAUGCACCGCAACUGCCGCAUGUCCAUGAGGCAACAGAUUCAGAUGGAGGUGGCCGCGUCGCUGCAGUAUCUGGCCAUGGGCGCACACUUCUCUAAGGAUAUUGUAAACCGUCCAGGUUUCGCGAAGAUGUUCUUUGACGCUGCGUCCGAGGAACGCGAACACGCCAUGAAGUUGAUCGAGUACCUGCUCAUGAGAGGAGAGCUGACCACUGAUGUCACCACUUUGCUGCAAGUCAGGGCCCCUGAACGUAAGACCUGGGAAGGUGGUGUGGAGGCCCUGGAGCACGCGCUGCUGAUGGAGAGCGCCGUCACCAAGAGCAUCCGGAAUGUCAUCAAGGCCUGCGAGGACGACAGCGAGUUCAACGACUACCAUCUGGUCGACUACCUGACUGGAGACUUCUUGGAUGAACAAUACAAGGGACAGCGCGACAUCGCGGGCAAAGCCUCCACCCUCAAGAAACUCCUGGACCGCCACGGAGCCCUCGGAGAAUUCAUCUUCGACAAGAAACUCAUUGGCAUCGACAUCUAAGCCAAUCAAUAAAACUCCUUUAUAUAACCUCUUUCAUUUGCCAUGUAUUAUUAUUAAAAAAAGAAACACAAUAUUGUCUAUAACACCUUUUUGACAUAAGUAAAAAAAAAUAUCAAAAAAUAAAUAUGGCGUAUCUAUUAAAAUUUUCAAAUAUUGUAAUGUAAUCAUGUUCCUUUUUUGCUAUUAAAUUGGAAUUAAAUUCGAUAAUAAAGUUCACAAAUUAUAUUAUUUAGCUACUCCCGUAGGUUAUUGUACAAAAAUAUUAGUGAUUUAAGCGUAAUAUCUUGUUUAUAUUUAGAUUACAAAACGUAUACUCCACUAUUACUUUGUAUCCAGUCAAUUAUUCGCGCCUUUUUCUGACGUUUAUAAUAAUCACUACAAAUUUCAACAUGGCGCCUUGUAACUAUGUAAUUCUUUAAUUUAAUUAUUGUAAACGUAAUCUUCAAUAACUCUUUGGUAACAAAGGGUUUAUCUACAAAAAUAUGGCUGUUCAUUAUUACCUAUUUUGUUUAAUUAUUUCGUAAAAUAAAGUUGAUCCGUAUAGAAAAAUAA